UGUGGGAGGUAUUCGGUAGGCGGCGCCAGCGCUGUAACAGACAGGCUGCUACAAUGUUACAGGAGUCUGUACACGGAAGUACACAGUCUCUGUGUCUGGGUGGAGAAACAUGGCUACCGCAGUUUGAGAGCUGAACUCGUUCACAUGCUGUGCUUAGUGUGAUCAACAAAGGCGAGUGUUAAACUUAGACGAUUGCUGAUAUAACUUUUACAGCUGAGACGUCUUCACUUCACCAGAGUAUAAACGAACUCAGCGUGUUUAUGAUACGCGUCUCUGAAACGAAAGAAGAGAUGGAUAUCUGCGCAUCCUCCGCGUCUCUCCUUGAGGAAGAACUCGCCUCUGCUAUCGAGCCUGCAGUGAAAGCGGCUGUGCUGAGCGUCAUGUCUGCGUUAGCAAAGUUCGUGGACAGUAAAUGUACAGUUUUCAAUCUCAGACUGGACGAAAGAGACCAAGAAUUUGAAAGCGUGAGAUUGCGAUUAGAAAUAGCGGAGAGCGAGUUGAAAGCAAUGCGGGACGGAGAAUACACGAACACUGGCGAUAAGAACUUCACACAAUCUUUCACAAACACUGAAACACAAUACCACGGGAGCGACAGUAUUAUUGCUCAGGGGCUGCCGGCGCGGGAUUUCUCCACUCUUCCAGUUCAGCCAGUCAGGGAUUCGGUGCCUGCAGUCCACACCGCACUGAAAAACUCUCAGGUUUUAAUCCAGGAGGAUGGAAGCUAUUCCGAGCAGGACCUGCUGAUGCAAGGUGAUGACUCUGAACACAGAGACCACACAAGCACAGCGGGGUGGAGAAGAGCACUGAAAGGUCCUGCAGAGAGAAAUGCUCUCCCUCAUGCUGAGGAAGGGUCAAAGGCAGAAUCAGUUCCCAUUCAAGAGGAGCUCUUUGACCAGGAAUGGUGCAGGAGUCCAGAGCAGGCUACAGAGCUGACAUCUAUUGAAGCGGAGGAGGAGAAACCUGCAUUAGAUCCUGUCCACAUUAAUGAAGAGAUCCCUGGAAUUGAACCGGUCAUCAUUAAAGAGGAGGUCCUUGAAAUUGAAUCUGACCCCAUAGAAGAGGGGUGUUCUGACCACUUUGAAAGAUUGCAGCAAAUUCACAUGGGACAGAAACUGCAUCUCUGUAAUGUGUGUGGGAAGAGUCUCAGUACAUCAACAGAGCUGAAAAGACACCAGUGCAUUCAUACAGGAGAAAGACCGUACUGCUGCACUGAAUGUGGAAAGAGAUUCAAUACUUCUACAGAGCUGAAAAGACACCGUCGAUUUCACACAGGGGAGAAGUUACACCAUCUUAAAACGCAGCAGCAAAUUCACUAUGGAAAGAAGCUGUAUCACUCUACUGGAGGUGAGAAGAGUUUCACUCAGUUAGGAAACCUGACAUUGCAUCAGCGAAUGCACACAGGAGGGAAGCUGUAUCGCUGCACUGACUGCGCAAAGGAUUUCAAUACAGCAGCAGAGCUCAAAAUACACCAGCGAUCUCACACAGGAGAGAAACAGUAUCGCUGCACCGAGUGUGAGAAGUGUUUCAAACAAGUAUCCCGCCUUAAAUCCCACCAGCGAAUUCACACAGGAGAGAAACCGUAUAGCUGUGAUUACUGUGGGAAGAGAUUCACUCUGUCUACUGACCUGAAAAGACACCAACGAAUUCACACCGGAGAGAAACCUUAUAGCUGCUCUGAUUGUGAGAAGAGUUUCAAUCAGUUAUCCCACCUUAAAGCCCACCAGCGAAUUCACACAGGAGAGAAGCCGUAUAGCUGUGAUCACUGUGGGAAGAGAUUCACUCGGGCAGGAAAUCUGGUGUCACACCUCCGAGUUCACAGAGGGAAGCAGUCGACUCACUGCGCUCAAUAAGAGAGAUGUUAUUUUCCACUCCCAGUUGUAAAAGCACACAGUAUCCAGACACUUCACUAGGAACAGUAGCACUGUGCCUCCAUCACAAGAUGACUCAGACUAGUGGAAGCGGAGAGUAUAUAAGACCCUGAGAUGCAAUUGGACUUUUAGAUCCCUUUGUCAAAAUGAUCUUGUUUUCUGAUCCCUGAUUUCUGAGUUAUUAAAAUGUAAAUCCUGGGAAGGACUUGUAUGAUUUUUUUGCAUGGAUGUAUAUUAUAGUUUCAUGAAUACAAGCAUCAUUUAAUUCAUACUUACAGAGCCUGUCUGUCAGAUUCCUGUAGUUCAGCACUGCAGAGAUCAGAAAGCUCAAUCACACAAAUAAAAGCCCAAUUAAAAAUUAUUAUUAUUAUUAUUAUUAUUAUUACUAUUAUUAUUAUUACUAUUAUUAUUAUUAUUGUGCAGUUUCUGAAUUCAUAGCUAACCAUCUCCUCGUUAAAAAUUGGGAAAGGUUUUAAUGUUCAAGCAGUGUCAGGAGUGCUGUGGUGCCCCAUUUUGUUUAGGAAUAUAUAAUGAUUUGUGUUCGGGCUUUUUUGACAUAGUUUUUCACACUCUUGCCCCUUUCUCACUAAAUAUCUUGGUGUCCCUGAAUAGAUCAUUACUAACAAUGCAGAAUGACUGUGUGGGACAAUUGUUCUUCAUUUUACCCAAAAACAUGUUUCUGUAAUGGUGACAGCCAAGAAUACCAUCUUGCAUAACUCCUUACAAUGAAGAAAUUGUUCUGUCAUUGUUGUAUAAUGUAUUUAAAUACAGAUAUUGCAAACACCUACAUUAUGCAGUCGUCGAGUCACGGAUAUGUACCAAAUAUACCUCAGUGUGGCACGCUCUUGACUGUUUAUAUUACACAUAAUAAAUAAUGUUAACCAUAAAGUUCUUAUCCAUAAUAUUAGUAUUUCUGUUUGUAAAUGUUAUAUGGUAUUAUAGAUUCAAAAUAGAAUAAAAUGGUUUUGCAAUACA